GAUUACUCUAAAUUUAGUGGGGGAAAAAAACAACCUAAACAAUAAUAUGUCGAUUUUCUGUGUUUUCAAUAACUUCAAAAGCAUAGUUGCUUUAUAUAUAAUUAUUUAUACACUGUUUACAUGCAUUGAAUCCUCUAAAUGCGAUAUUGAUGAUAACUCGUUAAAUGAAAACACAAUUAAAAAAAAUGGGGAUUCUGAUUGUGGUUGUAAAAUAAGUCGUCAGAAGUCACUUCAGGACUCGCCCUUGCCGUCCGACAGCAAAGAAGCCAAUAAUAAUAAAGAUAAUGAUUAUACUUGUUAUUCCAAGAACGAUGUUGCAGCUAGCAAGGCUGAAAAAAAUAAAAUUGAUACUGCACGUAAUAAACAGGAAAUUUUAAGCCUUUCAGAACGAACAAAUGAAAUGGUUUAUAUUCCAGGUGGUAGGUUCAAAAUGGGUACAGAUGAACCCAUUUUUAUUGCAGAUGGCGAAAUGCCAGCUAGAGAAGUAACACUGGAUUCAUUCUACUUAGAUAAAUUUGAAGUUAGCAAUGCAGAAUUUGAAAUAUUUGUUAAAGAUCAAAAUUACAAAACAGAGGUAGGUAUGUUCCAUAAGUUUUGGUAAUCGAAGUGAUUAUUCGCACAGUGGCACAGCUCUGCGCAUAAUGCUUGCCAUUAUUCGAACAUUUCAGUCUGCCGAUAACGCUCGGCAUUAUUCACAGAUUCACAGCUGGUCACGUAAUUUCUGUAUAAGUGAACGGAAAUCGGCAAUAAAACUAUAUCGGUAUAAAAAGUUCUGUGCGUGGGGUGGUCAGCUAGUUGAAAGAUAUUGUGCAUAGCUUCAUAUUCAAUUCUUACUGGAAACAUUUAUUUCACAAAAGUAUCAGAAAUAUUUGAAAUAACACUUGUAAUAACAAUGAAAUGAACAUACUGAAAACAUAUCUGUGGCAUGAACAAUUUGAGCUCUCAUAAAAAAAAUGUUGAUAACUUGAAACAAAAAGCCAUACUGCUACUGUUGUAAUUAUGGGUCUAAAUUAGGGGUGUGCCGGACCCCGGUCCGGAAUCCGGUUCCGCCGGAUUUUGCACUAUCCAGUGAAAUCCGGUUCCGCCGGAUUUACAUGUAUCCGGAACAACCGGAUUCCGGAAUCCGGAAUAUACCGGAUUUCGGAAUUUGCCAGAUUUUGUGACUCACCGGAUCAUAAUCUGAAAUAAAAGUAAUUCUCUUUCCCGAAUUCCACACGAUCACGAUACAUUAAUCGAUUGUUUCGAGCGUUGAGCUUGUUUAAUGUUUAAUAUUCCGUACAUACCAGAGGCUAGAGUCAGCACCGCUAAUAGUGGCCAAUAGUGUAGGGACUUUGAUAAGAAAAUUUAAACUUUUUGUAAAAAUAAACCAAUGGCAUAGUUGAAAAGAUGUAAUUUUUUAAAGAAUUAUAACACCAAAAUCAUAUUUUUAGCUGUUGUAGUUUUAAAGUUAUGAAUUUUUAAAGUACGACUUGGUUUGUCAUUUUUUAACAUGGACUGCAUCUCCACAUUCUGUGAUCUCAUUCCACCAAUCCCGUCAUGCGCAAUGACUAUAUAGUUUAUAUAAGGCAACGCAUUCCCUGCCUUAUCACUAAAAUACUGUUUAGACUUAGUUUAAACUUUCAACUUUGGCACAUGAAUAAUUAAUUAAAGCUUUCCCUGACCAAUGGUUUAAUAGUUUUUGCACACGGCAAACUCUUAUGAAUGAAACUCUGAGGUAGUACUACGAUACAGUUAUGCAAGUGGCUGUGAAUGGUUGCCAAUGACAACGUGUUGCACACGGUAAAUUCUGAUCAUUUAUAAUAUGGAUUCUACCGGGUUGUUAAAGCUCAAAUUAAAACAUUCCAGUUUAAAUGUCUUUAAAUGCAUUCUGAAACACAAGUUAUCAAUUAUUUUGAUGUAAAUAGUGAUAAUAAAUUAAUAUUUCCUAAGUAUCGUCAACUUCCGCCAUUAAAAAGGGGGGCGUGGCCAACCCCAUGGCGAAAUUAGGUUGAGCGAGCUGCAUAACCUGCUGCGAACGCGUAGAAACAUGGCGUCUCUCGUAAGACACUUAUCCAAAUGGAACGGAACUCAAAUAUAUAUCGAAAGUACUAAUUUAAUAAUAAAUAGACACACACAUCGGAAAAUUAAAAACUCGGAAUUUUUGCGCCGAUUGCGAAUUCCCAUACACAAAAAGUAGUAGUCCUCCUUGACUUACCGAAGUAUCUACCAAUAGUACCAAAAUCCGGAAUCCGGGAGAAACCGGAAUCCGGAUCCGAAUCCGGAUCCGGCGGAUUUCGCAUAAGAAAAUCCAGAUCCGGUUGGAAAAAACGGAUCCGGCACACCCCUAGUCUAAAUAUAAAAAGGCAUAAUCAAAUUAUUUGGAUACCCGCGGUGUAUUCGUAUGAUGUCAGACUUGGGAAAGUAAAGUUCCCUUUCAGAUCAUGUUGGCCUACCAUUGGGGCAACGGAUGUAAGCAGCUUUUACAAGUUUCUGUGGCUUUGGCAUACUGUGUGGCCAGCACAAUGACCAGCCACCUUUAUUUUUCCCUAACUAAUGCUAGGUACCCACCAGAGCUGGGUAGUCUCAGGGACAGCCUCAAGAAACAGGAAAAAAUCCUAGCCUUCACCAGGGUUACAUUCUGGGACCUUUGGUUGGCUAGUCGAACCCGCUGCCAUUUAAAUUACAUUAUAUUUUGAUGUAGGGCUUAUAUGCCACUGCCCCUCCCCAUCUCUCACAUGGCGGUCUGAUGCAGCUACUUCUCUGCAUCAUAACACUGUUGCAUGGCAUGGCCCUGCAAAUAUUUCUGACAGAAAAUUUCUGGACUAAGUGAAAUAUCAUAGUGCUUUAAAAAACUAAAUGAUACCCUUUCAAGCUUUGAUAUCAUUUUAAAUUUUAAGACCUCUCUAAAUUGGGUAAAUGUAAGUCUAUAUGAAGAAUUAAAACAUACUAAUGACUCCCCACUCCCUUACAAGAAUGGAUACUUCAGUCUGAUUUGAAAUGUGUUUGUGCCAUGCUCAUAAAAGAUUGAUCUGUCCUACACUACUUAACACUACACACCAACACAACCCCCCCCCCCCCCCCCCCCCCCCCUGGCUUGGAAUAUGAUUCUAAUUAUUUCUAAAAAUUUGCGUGAUCUUGCGAAAAUUCCUGCAUUAUUUGAAAAUUUCAUUCUGCCAAUAACACUCGACAUUAUUCGCAGAGCUGUGCAGAUAAUGCUUCCCUUUGGAAAUUAAAUAGGCCCAGCUGUUAGACUGGCACUCCUCAGAUUGGCGGUCCCAAAUUAAAAAUAGAAUACUAUUCGUUAUAAAAUGUUCGGCUACCAGCCUAAUAGUAAAAGCCACCAAUAAUGGGUGCCGUAUUUGUUAAUGUCUAAGUCUCUAAAAUUUUUUAUUUUUUUUUUGAAGAUCACGAUUUUCAUCAGCCUCUUCAUCAUCAUCAAACCCUGAAAAAAAUUUAAAAAGAAAAAAAAAAAGAAAAAAAAAAAAAAAAAAAAAAAAAAAAAAAAAAAAAAAAAAAAAAAAAAAAAAAAAAAAAAAAAAAGUGAAAAAGAAAGAAAAAUGCAAGAGAGAAACAAAAGUUAUCUCUGUUGAAUUGUUGUUUUGUAUAGUAUUAGUCAGUGCUUAGCAAGCCACACUAACUAAAGCAUACAUUGCCUUCGGCAUUGAUCAAAAGUCAUAAGUUUGCAGAAUGUUUCCUGACAAAAAAAUUAUUUGAAAUAUGAACCGGUGUUUGCUGUCUGCCGGGAAUGGUAUGGUUUAUUUUAUAUUAUUACAAGCAUUAAUUAGUCUGCAAAAAAAAUUUGAAGUAAAAAAUUACGUCACAAAUUAUGGGCUGCUAAUAGGCUGGUAGCCGGACACACUUUAUAGCAAAAAGUAUUUCUAUUUUUAAUUUGGGACCGCCGUUCUGAGAAGUGCCCUUAGACUUAGUAAACUCUUACCUGUAUACAUAUAUAUUUUAUUUUACAAAAAUAUUGACAACAAUAUGCCAACAAAUAUUGAAAGAACUAUCUAAUUUCAUCUAACUUACAUAUUUUGACUUUGUAAAUAUUGCUUGGUCUUAAACCUAACUUUAAGUAUUGAAACAACUAAAUAUAAUUUUUGCAUGACUUGUCUCACAUUAAUUCAUUAAUCUUUAUACAUUAAAACCUGUGAAUAGCACAAAAUUUGUGUUAUUUGCAGUGAUGGUCCCUUUCACAGAUUCAACCAGAAUGAUGAUCAUGCACCAUAAUUAUAAAAAAUAAUUCUUGCACAUUAAAUAUAAGAAGAAAUAAGAAAACAAAGUACAUACAUUUACUUAAAGAUGGCAGUACUACACAGGAUGAUACUUUCUUGUUCACGGAACAGGAAGUAAUGUCGUAAUUUAAACAAGUGGACGCAGCCAAGGCCUCGGGGCCAGACAAAUUAAGUGGUAGGCUCGUUAAACUAUAGUUACGCACUGGCUUCUCUUGUGAGAAAUUAAUCUCCUAUUUUAAAUUUAUGGCUUGUUCAAACAGUGCCUAACAAAGGACAAUACCAUAGAUAAAUACAAUAUCAAAAUUACGACACCCAAAACAGUAAAAAUUACAAUUAAUAAGAUUUAAUUUAGUAAUAAUAUUAUUACAAAACAAAAUAAAUAUAAUUACAAAUCAUCAACUUACAGUAUGGUAGAUCUUGUAUCGGUACACAGUUAACACAGUUAGUACAAUGUGCCAAUUAAUAAUGUACAGUGACGAAAGCCAAUAAACACAUAAGUACACAAAGAUACAUGUCUCGUGAAGUUAAAAUAUAUCUUCUUCUUCUAUAUCUUAAGGGCCCACGAUCAAUUUAUUGAUCAUUUUGGCUCCUAAGCAUGUAGAUGGGAUUUGCAAUGUUUCUGUUCCUGGUGUUGAUGAGGAAAUUUCACUGAUUUCCAGUGCCACAUUGUGAGGGAAUCAUGCACUAGGGGUUUGAAGGCUUGAGGCAAUAGACACAAAUGUGUCUAGUGUUGUCGCCUCAACCGUUCCUUUUGAAAGAUUCAAGGUCAGGGACUAACAGAACCCGUCCUUACUCGUCGAGGUAUACUGGCUUCUUGCUGGUAUGAGCCUGAAUUGCCUGUCAUGGCCUCAUCGCUGUCUAUGGGGGAGAGGGACGAGUUUCUGUUUAAUACUGGAACAGUGGACCAACCCAUUAUUUAUCUUGUACAUCAUGGAGAGCCUGGAUUGUCGUCGUCGUUCCUCCAAUGGUGACCAGUCUAGUGUUUCCAGCAUGCUGCCAACGCUAGAGGUAUUCCUGUAGAGGUUUAGGACAAAGCGUGUUGCUUGUCGCUGGACCGCCUCCAACCUGUCAAUGCUCUUCUGGGUAAAUGGGUUCCAGACUGAAGAUGCAUAAUCUAAAAUCGGACGAAUAAAGGCUUUAUAUGCUCUUUCUUUCACACAGGCGUUGCCAAUCUUUAGAUUUCGCCUUAAGAACCCCAGGGUCUUGUUUGCUUGGUUACAUACAUUGUUAAUAUGCUCGUCCCAGUGGACCACUCUUUGAAUGGUAACACCCAGGUACUUUACGGAGGAAACUUGCUCAAGUAUAUGGCCGUGCAUUCGUAUUGGUAGUGGAGAGGAGUACAACUUCUAGAGACUGAUAGUGUCUGGCACUUGGCAGGGUGAAAUUCCAUGUCCCAGCUCAUCUCCCACUCAGCUAACAGAUUGAGAUCCUGUUGUAGCUGGUCCUGGUCAGAUCUGUUGGCGAUCGUCCUAUACACUGCUGUGUCAUCUGCGAACAGUCUUGCCUGUGAUGUCAGUUUCUCGGGUAGGUCAUUAAUGUAUGCUAGGAACAAACAGGGGCCCACGACUGAUCCCUGGGGUACCCCUGACUUCACAUCGACAAAGGAGGAGCUUGUACCGUCCACCACUACUGCUUGGCAUCGGUGGCUGAGGAAGCUAGAGAUCCAUGUUUUAGUGGUGUCUUGGAAUCCCAUAUCUCUGGAGUUUGCGUAGAAGCAAACUAUGAUUCACACGGUCAAAUGCCUUUGCGAAGUCCAUUACUAGCACGUCAGUCUGCUUGUGGUUCUCCAGAUUGGUCAUCAGGUCUUCUACAAAUUCGAGAAGCUGAAUCUCUCCCUCUCUCUGUGCCUGUCAAUCCUUUAUAUAUGUGGUUCUACUGACGUGUUUAGAAACGCCCUUACCUUUCUAAUACGGUACAAUCAAGAACGUUCCAUAAGCUACUAGUAGACAUAAUAACGAUGUUUAAUUAAUAGAGAAUUAGUAAACACGAUACUUCAAAGACUAAGCCACGCCCACACUAUACCAAAAAUUUGGAAAACUUCAGAAAUUAUACCAAUUCCAAAGAAAAAUAAGGUAACUUACAACAACAACUUACGUCCUGUCCCACUUACCUCUAUUGUUUGGAUCCGCCUAUGACCUGUGAUGCACCCUCCUUGCCCUGCCUCAUUUUCUGUCUCGGGUUGAUCCUGUAGUAUAGGCCAAAACGUGCCAAAGUGUACUCGUUUUUUAGCCAUUUUAAUUGUUUCUAUAGUAUAGUAGUUACUAUCCUAGUGUCUCUGGUUUUUCAUUUUUAUUUUAUUUUAUUUUACUUAGUUUACAUGUUUUUAAAAAUUGUAAAGCGCUUAGAGCUUUAAGGUAAGCGCUACCGUAUAUAAAAAUGCCUAAAUAAAUAAAUGUUGUAUGAAAUUUUUUGAGAAACUUGUUCUGAAACAAAUUUUGAAUGAAGUGCAGCAAAAACUUGACCCCCACCAAUUUGCUUAUAACCCUACAGGAAGCACGGAGGAUGCUAUCUUACUAUUGUUGGAGAGACUUUAUCAUCAUCUAGACAGCCCUAAAAAAUAUGCUAGAGUGCUUUUCUUAGACUUCUCAUCAGCAUUUAACACUAGCCAACCACACCUUAUGAUAAAGAAACUUUCCUCGUUAGGUGUAAAUUCAAAUAUUCAAGCUUGGAUACUGAACCUUUUAACAAAUCGCCCACAAUAUGACAAGGUUAAUAACCAAUCAUCUCUAACCAGAGUAAUAAGCAGCAGGGCCCAACAGGGUUGUGUUCUCUCCCCUGUCCUUUAUACAAUAUAUACCAUGAUAUUCAGACAUCAAGCGACACCAUUCCAAUCAUAAAAAUUGCUGAUGAUACCACCAUCGUGGACUAAAUAUCCGAGGGAGAAGGCUUAUACUGCUACUUAGUUACAAGUUUUAUCAAUGGGUGCGAUGAAAAUUUUCUCAAGCUGAAUGUCUUAAAAACAAAGGAAAUGGUUGUUGAUUUCUGGAGGGGGAACCAGAUUACAGAACUCAACAUAAAAAAUCAAAAUGUAGAGAAAGUAGAGUCAAAUAAGUACUUAGGUGUCACCAUUAAUAAUAAGCUAACAUAUUAACAUGGCAUGAGCACAGUCAAAUGCUGUAUAAAAAAUUCAACCUAAGACUUUUCUACCUUAAAAAACUGAACACUUUCGGCGUAAACAAACAAGUCGUUAACUUAUUCUACAGUGCAAAAAUUGGAAGCCUACUUAAUUUCAGUAUAACCUGCUGGUGUGGGAAUUCAUUGUCUGAUAUUAAACACCGAAAAAAACAGACUAAUCAAGAAAGCAAGGAACAUAACACAAACUAAACAUUCUUCAUUUGAAGAACUAUUUGAAGAAAGAUGUUAUUGUAAAACUAAACAAAUUUGGGUUGAUACAUCCCACCCUCUUCAUACAGAUAUUUAGGAUCAGCCCAUUCAGGAUGAAUUCUUUCUCUCAGGGCGAGGACUGAAAGAUAAAAAAAUUCUUUUGUUUCCCAAUCUGUACAAAUUUACCUGCGUGCUCCCCCAGAAGUCACAAAUCUACAUGAGAACUAAUAAGUCCCUGAUAUGACUAAGGGGGUUCCCUGAAUGGCGUUUUUUUUUCACUAGUGAAAAAAUUUAAUGUGGAUGAGUAGAUGGCUUGUGUUCAAAUUUUUUAUGUUGAAAAAUGUGGACUUUAUUAAAAUAUCUAUUUAUUUAUGUGCUGAAAAUGUAUUUUAACAAUGUAAUAAAAAAAAAUUCCAUUUGUUUGGAUCAAUAAAGGAAUUUAAUCUUAUCUUAUAGUUACUGCAGAACAAUAUGAAACUAAUCUAGCUGUUAUUGUGCUUAAAAAUUCUUUAUGCAGCUCAUCUGCUUAUACGUGUAGCCUACAGUUUUUGAAAAAUCUAUUAUCAUCCAAACAAAAUAUAUGUGUAUCAUACACUGUAUGUGCUUUGUCACCAUUUUGAUUCCCUUGCUUUCACUAAGCAUUGGCCAAAUCUAUACAUGAGUACCCACAGUUCAUUCACAAACCUCAGUCUCAUAGCAAAUCUUUUCUACAACAUGCUGCCAACCAAACGAUUAAGAAACACACAAUUAGUGAGGCAUGAAAACUUUGUUCAAGAUGCCAGUACCUUGCACUAUUGCAAGGGUUUUUUUGUUAAGAAAUUGAUCUGUCGGGUUUGAGUUAUUGCAUUUGCCAGGAACAGCGUUAUUUCAAUGUUUUUUAUUCAAAGUUUUCACUGUACGGUCCUUCAUUUGACUUUUAGAAACCUAUGUUUCAUUCAUAGGCCAUAGUUUAUUAUUUCCAUUCUUUGUUUUGUUUCAGGCUGAAAACUUUGGCAACUCAUUUGUAAUGGAUAUGUAUAUCAGUGAAGAGACCAAAAAGAAAAUAACUCAGAUGGUUUGUACAAAAGAUGUAUUUUGUUUUCAACCCCUUCAGUAGCAUUUGACAUCAUGUCAUCAUAAAAAAAUACUGUUUCAUAUGUUCCAUUGCUUUGUACAUGAUAAUACAAAUUUGAAAUAUCACACAAUCUUCUCAGUUAAUAAUAAUUGCAGAAAUAUGGGGAAAGAGAAUGGGGUCGUAUGUCAUAUAUAAACAAAGGGCAUAACUCCAUUAGCUAUUUGUUUUUCUUUUUUUUGAAAAAAAAAGAAAAUCUUUAAAAAAAAUGUAGUCAUAAUUGUUUUAAUCUUUAAUAAGUACCCGGGUAUCAAAGUUAACGAUAUUUCACAAAUAGAAUACAAAUUAAGGUUAUUUAUAGAACAAUUCUUCAAUUAUAAUAUGCGAAGAUGAAUGUCAGUUCAUUUUUCAAAAUUUACUGCCAUCACCAUGUUCACAGGAUUCACUGUAGCUAACAUUUACUACCAAUCUACUAGUACACAUUUAAAAUUCAAGUUCAACAGUAGGACCAUCAAUAUAAUGUUCUGCAUUAAUAGAUUCCACAUAGCUCUGUUUGAUAGUUGUAUCAUCUAAUAAAAUUUGCAAGAGUUUGGCAAGCCAUCUCUGAACCUAGUAGAUAUUAAAAUUAAGAUUUCUUUGAAACUAAAUGGGAUUUUCUAGUGACCAUUGCAUUAAACUUUAGCAGUCAUGUUAUAUUGGAGUUAGCUUUGCUAAACCCCGAACAUGCUUACUAAGGGAUGGGCAAAAGGUGUCAGUUUGGUGAUUUGGGUCUUGGAAUUAGGGAGGAUGACAAGCAGCAUAACAGGCAUGUGUGGGUUGGAUGUAGCAGUAAAAAAGUAUGUGCUCCUUGAUUACUUGAAUUUUGCUGGAUGCUCUAAUAGUAAGAUAAUACUAAUUAAAACCAUUUGACAACCAUUCAGUUAAUGCUUCAAAGCAUGUAAAUCCAGAAAUACUCUGACAAAAGUUUUUUUUUAAAUUAAAAAUUUUAAAUUAAAUGAAUCUGAAAAAUAUUUUUAUUCUUGUAGGGCUAGAAUUCAUUUGAAAAUUAAAAUUUUUUACUAGUAAGCACAAAUAACACAAGAAAAAUUUUUUUAAAGCUCACUUUAAGUUUUUCAAAGAAACCGAAAGAUUGUUCUUUUAUUUUAUUAUUAAUACAUAUUAAAUUAUGGAGCUGUCUUGGGAAAGUUAAACAAAUGAUGUCAGCAAUGUUUUAAAAAAAAAAAUGUUCAAGAGAGCUAUUUCUGUCUGUCCUUAUCUUAUUAUCGAUGGAUAUCCUUCAUAUAUAAAUUUUACAUCAUGAAGAUGACAAAUAUGACAUUUUCAGGUAGCAGCUGCACCCUGGUGGCUUCCAGUAGAUGGAGCAGACUGGCAUCAUCCAGCAGGACCUGAUUCAAACAUCUAUGACAGGUCAAUAUGCAUACAACUAUUUUUACUUCUUAUACAACAGUUUUCAUGAAUAUUUUCCAUAGAUUGAUUAUUUAUAUAAUGGAUUUCUGGAAAAACUAUAAUUGCAAAAUUAUUUGCUCUCAACAUUUUUAAAAGGCAUAUUUUUGUAUAGGAGGCCUUUUAACUGAUGAGGUUUUAGGCCAAAUCCAUCAGCUGAUCAACAUAUGUAUUAUAACUUCUGUGGGUUCAUUGUUGAUUAUGGGAGUUCAAUAAUAAUUGUUGGGACUGAAUAUUAUUAUUUAUUAUAUUUCAUUACGCGCGGCGUGUGUUUGAGUUUUAUUAGUUAAGGAACGCUCUUCCCGCGCUUGACUCUGUGAUGUAGUUUUAUGCUGAUAGUGGCGCAUUGUCUAGACUGUAUUGUGACGUAAGUCUUAGUCGUGCAGCAGUCGUGAAUGGAACUUUAUAGAAGUAGGAUGUGUUUUAUUUAUGUCUGAUACCGAGCAGCACUAUAUGCAUGUGUUUAUGUGUAUAGUUUAUACUUAGAUAUAUAAUUUAUAAUUUUUAUGAAAAGGACUUGAGUUUAUUCAAUAUAGUACGACGUAUUUCAACUUGUGAAAGAACUUAACGAAUUAACCAAUCCAGUAGAACAUAGGAGUUGACAUUCAUCUCAAGACAAAUAUUUGGGGACUCAAUCCAUCACACAGCUCACCUGCAUUCCUCACCUCCCUUAGUGGUCAUUUGUACAAAGACCCACCCAUAAACACAAUGAUACAAAAAGGCAGACUACCCUGGGCAGGGCAUGUUGAAAGGAUGCCGGAAUGUAGAGCAUCAAAAGUUAUAUACAGGCAGAAGCCUAGGGGCAGAUGACUCACCGGUCGCCCAAGGUUGAGAUGGAUCAAUGUUGUGGAGAUGGAUAUACACCAGUUGGGGAUUUGUGCAUGGCUUUCCGCCAUUUGGAGCGAUGUGGUGGAGCAGGCCAGGGCCCUACAUAGGCUGUAGCGUCACUGAUGAUGAUGAUGACCUCAAUGAAAAUAUGGACAACAGUUUCUGCACAACACUUUCUAUUGUCAUUGUAAUUACACAGUAAAUAAAGAUAUAUAAUAAUAUUUAAUGUUAGCUCCUUUGAAAUACAAGAAAAAUUACAAGUAUUCUCUCUUUCAGUUUCAUAACUUCACACUCCUAACUAGAGUGAGUGCUCCAUGUUUAUUAUUCUUUCUCAUCUACUCUCAUUCUUAGUCUUGUCCCCCUCGAGAUUCUCAAAAAUAUAUAUAUAUCAAUUACCAAGACAUCACACAACAAUAUAUUUAUGAAGAAUUUAAAUAAUCUAUGUCGACAGAAUGGACCACCCCGUCGUGCAUGUAUCAUGGAAUGAUGCCGUCACAUAUUGUGCAUGGGCAGGGAAAAGGUUGCCAACUGAAGCAGAGUUUGAAUAUGCCUGUAAAGGUGGGAAAUCAGAAAGGUGAAAUAGAGUUUCCUUCAUUAUAUAUAAAUGCAAGUACAGUUUAAGCUAUAUUCUAAUAAUACUAGAAUAAAUGACCCGAUUUUAUCGGGAUAAUAAUGGUAGGUUCUUUGCAAUAAUUUUUACCUGCUAUUGCAAAAACCCAUCAAAAUUCCUAACUGCAAAAAGCAGUAUCUAUGGAAUGAUAUUUACGUUUCUGACAUCAUUAAGUUAAGUUUUGAGAAAUAUUUAUCUGUUAUAUAUUAUAUGCUACCCUUCUUCCUUUCACGCUCCUAAACUUCUUUUUUUACCUCUAAACAUGACCUUAAAUUACCCAAUCUAAAUUAUCACUAGUUAUAUCACUAUUCUCACUAAAGAAGUUAAUUGAGAGAUGAUUUCUACGCAAGAGAAACACUUUAGAUUUACCCCUUUUCGUGCCUUUAAAUUACAACUUUUUUUAUGUAAAACUUGUUAAAAAACAAUCUUAAAUUUACAACAAAAACUCUAUAUAUGAUAUAAAAAUAUUUUAUAUUAAAGGAAUUUGAUAUAACAAUAUCUUCAUCAAAAAUUUAAACACACUUUUGCCUCGUUUUUUAAAAAUUAUAUGUUAUCAGAAAAUCGUAAAGCAAUGAAUUCUUUUAUGUAAAGAAGAAUCUCGCAACCGUUUUUCCUGUCUAUAACAGACCAGAGUAUCUUUUUUUUUUCAAUUGUCAAUCUCAUAAAAAUAUCCACUUUACUUUUCGCAAAGUAAAAAAAAUAUAUAUUUUCAUUUUUUUUAAAGAAAAUGUUAACCCAUCUCCAUUUUUAAAAAUUAAAUUUUCAAGUGUUUAAAAUGAUUGGCUUCUGAUAUUUAUGGGUAUUUAUUGGGUUUUGAUAUUCAUGGGUAUCCUUAAAUAAAUGUAUCCACCUACAUAGAGCCAUUGAUUUUCUUAAUUGUUAAACAUAUGUUUAUUUGUAAAAAGAGAAUGUAACAUCUCUUUUUUCACAAAUGUAAUACCAUAGGAUUUAAAUAUAUUAUCAUCCACGUACAAAUGUACGCAUCCUAUUUCCUACCUCAAACAUGUAUGUACCCAAGAAGAUUAAUUAUUCAUCAAAUUCAUUCCUUUAUUUUGAGACGUAUCUUGUGCUGCUUGGGGCAAAAUGACCUAACAUCCCCCACCCCACUUUAAAUAAAAUUAAUAAAAUCUUCCUCCGAAUUGUAGUGCCUUCCAUACCCAAACUAACAUAUUUUGCACUUCAUAUAGUUUGUUCUUAUUUGGAUGAGUUAUAAGUGGAUUAGGGAAUGCUAUUUGGCUAUGGAGUUUUGCUGCACUGAUUGACUUAAACUGCAUUUUCUUAUUAGAAGUAUAUUUAAAGGUUCAGAUUUGAUUACAUAAUAAAUUUAAUAAAAGUAUAUUUUUGGAAUAACAAAAAGUAAAAACUUAUUAAAUGUUAAAAAUACAAAGCUAAAAUUUGUGUGUGUUUUAUUAACAAUCUAAAAAGCAAUCAAUUAUAUUAUAUAUGGGGUUAUUAAAUCAAAGAAAUUUAAGAGUUUUGGCUAAUAUAGGCAAUUUGCGCUAUGACAUCAUUUGCCUGUUUAUUUAGAACAAAUUAAUUAAAAUUUUAUUUGGCAAUAUUAACAAUGCACUAAACACAACUGAUUUUUGUGUUUUCCCUAUAAAUGUGAUUAGAAUGUAAAUCUUAUAUUAGAGAUCUAUAAUUUUUUGAAUAAAUUUUUUUGAAUAACUUUUAAAUUCGGAUAAAAUACUUAAAAUAGUUCCUUAGUAUUUUUAAUUUAUAAUACUAAUACUUAAACUUUUACUAAAAUAAAAAUGUAUUUAUGUUAUUUUUUGCGCAUUUAAAUUUAUUUGAUUUCCGUAAAAUAAUAGAAAAUAACUAUGAUCAUUUUUAAGAAUCCGAACGUAUUUAAAUCUUUUCGGUUCUUUGGUGUUAGGGUCAGCAUAGCUCAUUUUUAUAUAUAUUUUAGGUCAUUACUAACAAUUUUAAAGCAGAUUGAGUUUGCAUUAGUAUCUAUUUAAACUGUAAGCCUAACCCUAACCUAAACCAUUUUCCCUAAUAAAAAAAAGUUUCCUGUUUUUAAUUUAAACUUCAAUAUAAACUGUCAAUUAGAUUGAAAGUGAAACUAUAAUUUUGAAAAAAAAAUUCUGCUGAAUUACUGAAUUUUUAAGGAAUAGAAUGCAGAUAAAAAAUCAGAUGAUAUUCUAUUUCAUAUAUCACAGGUAGCCUGCAUUCUUGCACAAGCUACACAAUAGGCUGGUAUGCGUGAAAGGGCAUAAAUAUAUAUAUUUAUGUAUGGUACCGAAUGCUGAGGAUCACUACAUCAUGGUCCUUUAUAUGUUAGGUAAAAAGCUUGGAGCAGCCUAUGUUUUUGGUUGCUCCUGUUCUGCUCCCACCAAAAUGCCUCACUCCUGCUUUAGCAGCUUGUUAAGUUGACUUCAUUUUCUUCAAAAACCUAAACCUUUCAUUCCAAGUUUAAAAAUGUAAAAAAUCAUAAUAUACAAAUCUUGAUUAACAUUUCAGACUUUUCCCAUGGGGCAACAACAUAAAUCCAAGAAGAGAGCACUGGAUGAACAUUUGGCAGGGAGAGUUUCCCAACUCUAACUCAGGGGAAGAUGGUUACAUCGGAACUUGCCCGGUAUUCUUUUGAGGUUUUUUACUGCAUCUGUUUAAUGUAAUUCUGAUCAAAGGGGUUAGACUUUUUGAUACUGAUGAUCCCUAUUAUUCUGAAUCUGGGUCAGAUUAUGUUAAUCUGGGCUAGAUUCCUAUUUUUAUUGAGUUGAAUGGCAAAAAUUUUCAUAUAACUAUGAUAAUCUUAUGUGGUUCUUUUAUUAAAAAUAAUCGAGUGAGUGUUCUAUUAUGUUCUAUUAAAAAAUUGUAAAUUUAUGAAAAUAUUAUUGGGUAAAAACAAUACAAAUUUAUGGAAUGUGCUCACCUAAAAUUACCCUUAUUAGCAUAUUAUGAAACUUAUUUCAAAUUCAAUCCUCCAGCCUAUUAGUCAUGCAUUGAAAAGCUAUCCACACACAAAAAUUCAAACUUGACCCCAAAAAUCAGUUAAAGCACAGGAAUUAAGCUUCUCCAUAACCUAAAAAUAUUGAAAUGGCAACUCAAAAAUCUGAUCUGGCAUAUAUACAAACUUAUUUCCUACUUACUCUAAGGUGAAGAGAGGAAAGUGACAUCUUUUGUACAUUUCAUUUUUAAUGCAUAUUAAGUUUAUAAGUAAAGAAAAGUUAAAAUAAUACCGUACUCAGUAAUAAUGAUAAAAUAAAUAUUUUACCCGCAAUAGAUAUGUUUUGAAAUGUAAAACAAGUAGCCUCAAUCAAUAAAAAUAAUCAAUUUAAAUAAAUGUAGAAAUAAUAAAAUAUUUUAUUAUGGUUUUUUUUUAAAUUUUGAAGUAAAUCCCAAUAUAUUUAAAAAGUUUAUCAAUGGUAUUUUUAUUCCACAUUUAUUCUCCUUUGUUUGAACUUAUCAGGUUACAGCAUUUCCUGACCAGAACACAUUUGGCUUGAAAAAUAUUAUAGGUAAUGUUUGGGAAUGGACUCAAGACUGGUGGGAGAUAAGACAUUCUCCAGAACCAAAAAAAAAUCCAGUAAGAAAUUUAACAUUGAGAUUAUAAGCUAUAGGUGCACUGAUACACACUUUUUAGAGAUUUAGAUAUUUGCCUCCAAUAUGAUAAGCUGUGCCUGUAUUGAUUCCUACACACUAUUUAGAAAUUGAACGAUUUGCCUUCAAAGCCUGAACAAAUUGCACAGUACUUAAUUCAUCUAUUCAGAGCUGGAAAGCAUGGAAACUAGUUUAUUCACAAAGGGAUUUAAUGUUGAAAACUUGAGAAAAAUAAUUGAAAGCAUAGACACUGUUAACAAAUCAUAUUUCUUAGGGCUACCAUGUCCUGGUAUUAAGAAAAGUGGAGCCAAAAUAAGCUGAUGAUCAAAGAUCUUCGCAUAAUUUCUGAAAUCUGUGCAGUAACUAUUUCAUAUAUAGCAAAAGGAAAAAUAAAGAAAGUUUAUGAAUUUUUGUUGUUAUAUACUGGUAUUGUCCUGAUAUUUACUGAAAAGUUGAUUUUAGAUGUCAAAGAUAACUCUUGAAAUGACCCCCAACUUGUCAAGUUGAAUUCACCUCCGGUUUGAUUGGCUCCUUAGAUGUUUAGUGAGUCAUCGCAGAAGGCAUUAAAGGAGAAUAUUAUUGCUACAUGAUUCUAUUUUCUUUUUAACAGAAAGGCCCAUCUGCUGGUGUGGACAAAGUAAAGAAAGGAGGAUCCUUUCAGUGUCAUAAAGUAAGUCAAAGUUCUGUGUUGAUUGUUGAUGUGGCAAUAGUAGACAAAGUGUAACUAAAAUAAGUGUACUGCAAAUGUAGCAAUAGCAGACACAUUAUGACUAAAAUAAGUGUACCAUAGCAGAAAAAGUGUAACUAAAAUAGGUGUACUGCAAAUGUAGCAAUAGCAGACAAAGUAUAACUAAAAUAAGUGUACUGCAAAUGUAGCAAUAGUAGACAAAGUAUGAAUAAAAUAGGUGUACGACAUGUUGCAUCGAUGGAAUAGCUUCUGUAGUUAAACAUUAAGUCACGUUAACUGCAAUUUUUGUUCCCAUUUAAACCAUACAUUUUUUGGCAGGUUUUGUGGGGUUUUUUUCACAUUACUUGGCAGAGUAAAAUUUCCAAUCCAUAAUCUGGGUUCAUCUCUUUUUUUAAAUUGUAUUAUGGCUAAAUGCAUUAUAAUAUUAGCAUUUAUAUUUUUUAUGUCAUAAUUAACUAACAAAUGGUGUUGGACUUUGUCAAAGAAAGAAAUGUUAAAGAUAAUUAUGAUCUCAUAAUGCUCUUUCAUGCUUGUCAAUGUAACCACUUUUUUCAUGGACCAAUGAAGAAGUCUAGGUGGUUGUGGAUGUCAAGGGGCGUAACUCUCAACACUAUUCAUUUUGAUUUGUAAAAACAAAUUCAAAAAUUACAUCACUAAUAUAUGUUGUUUUUUUUUACAGUCAUACUGUUAUCGGUAUCGCUGUGCUGCCCGUAGCCAAAAUACGCCUGACAGUUCAGCUGCAAAUUUAGGAUUUCGCUGUGCCAGUGACAAGCUUCCUGACUCAUUAAAAAGAAAGGAUGAACUUUAAAUUAAUGGUCAAAUAGUCCUGAUAGACUUGAAUAUUUAAUAUACUUGCCACUUUAAUUGAGAUCAGUUAUUUGAUAAUUUAAAAAAAAAAGAGUGUGCCUUCUUGAAGUAAAAAAUAAAUUCUUUUUAUCUUAAGAAUUCUUUGAAUUUAUUCUUAUUUUUAACUUGCGACCAAGGUUAUUGGAGGUAAAUACAUUUUUAAAAUUUUUUCAUCACUUAAAAAAAGAAUUAGAGAGUAUUAAUGAAUUUUUAAGAGGAAAUGUUGUUAAGGCUGUAAGUAUAAUAAAUUGUAUAGAUCUAUACUUACAUGCUUAAACGUUAAAAAAUUUUUGAAGAUAAGGAAAUAUUUGUAGCAUAAAAUGAAAGUAAAACUGAUUUUAAAAAAAACAUUCCUAUAUGCAUUUACACUUAACUCAUAUUCAAUCAGAUUAAAUUUGUUAAAAUUAUUUAUAAUUUAAAUUCGGUUUAAAUGCUUAAAAUAGUUCCUUAGUUGUUACUCAAAUGUAUUUGUAAUUUAUAAUGAAAAUACUUAAACUUUUUCUAAAAUAAAAGCGUAUUUGUUAUUUUUUGCACAUUUAAAUUUAUUCGAUUUCCGUUUAAUGCAUUUACACUUAACUCAUAUUCAGUCAGAUUAAAUUUUUCAUAAUUAGUUUACUACGCCAACAAAGAGAAAAGAGAUAAACAAAAUUAAAUUAUAUUUAAUCUAAUAAAGACUCAUCUUAAACUAAAAGGACCAAUCAUAUUUUUCUGACUUUAUUAAAAUUUCUGAAUUUAAUGUGAUAGACUAUAUGUAUUUUUAAAUAUUAUUUUUUAUAUAUCAUAAAUUAUACAGACUACAAACUCAUUUAAAAUUUAACAUGAAAUAUUUCCCAUGGGAGUGUAAACUUUGUAAUUAUUGGGGUUAGAUGUUUGCCUUACAUGUUGAAUAAUAUGGCUGAUUUGCAAUGUUUUCAAAAGUUGUCAAUUUUUUCCUUUUUCAUUAAGAAUUGAUAUUUUCAUGACUACACAACUUGAAUGUCUUUCAGAAUAAGAUUGAAGGUUGGUUUGAAAAUAGAACAAACAUUUUUUUAAUGUUAUUUUUUUGAAUCCUUGUUAUUUAUAUCUUUUGUCAGAGUUCAUAAUUGAUACUAAUUAAAAAACUAUGAUUUUUUUCAUAUUUAUGUUAUACUAGCGAAAUAUCUGUGCUUCACUAUCGAAAAAAAAAGGGGGAGGGGGCAGUUGUUGUUAUAUUUUUGUGCAUGUUAUCUCCAUUUAACUGAGUCAGUGCAAGACUAUUAAAAGGAAGCAGCUAACUACAGUAGGAAAAAUUUAUAGGUGGGGGGAGGGGUUAAUCAUUUAUUGGAAGUCGCAUUAUUUUAAGUGAUUUUGAAUUUAUGGCACACUAAAGUUUCAUCUCCUGGGCGAUGUUAUUUUAAUGUUACCCAUUUUCCAUACAAUCUACCGCUUCCUGUGAAUCUUGUUUAAAUUUCUUGCUAUAUUUUAUUAAAUUUGAUUUUUACCUCACAACAUACUCUAUAAUAUUUAUUUUUUAUCCCCAAAUAGUCUUUUUUUUUUUACUAAUGUGUCUAAGCCCCUGACUACCAGCUCAUCUCUCCCUCCACAACAUCCACCUCUUAAACCUCAAACCAGCUCUCUCCUAUCAGCCAAUUUUCUCCUCAACUUCUAUUUUUGAAAAAUGCCACCUCUCUUUUGGUUUCCGCCGCUCUUCAACCUUCCGCUUAACCCAGUUCCCUGUCCCUCAUGAAAUACAAUCAUAUUUGUGGACUCAUAAGUAAUUUUCUUGGUGUUUCAUAUUUUCAAAGGAUCUACAGCAUUCAAAUAUAUUACUAAACUAUUAGUACUACUAUCUCCUUAUUUUUCUGUUCCCCAUUUCCACUCAGUCUUUUUGGCUGCAUGAUAUAAAACUUACAAAAAGGGAAAUAUAUUUGUAUUGCAAUUAAUGAAAAAACCAUAACAUAAUAACAGUGAUUAACUUUAAAAAAACGUGUCCUAACAUACCCUUCCCCUUUUAUUGAAAACAUAAAUGCAGUUCCUGUCUCAGAAGCUAUAUAUCCUCCCCACCCCCCGAUUUUUUCAAAUUUUCUUUAAAUUACCCACAUCAUUGGAAAUACAUCCCACUAUUUUCCAUUUACCUUAAACCCACCUAGGAGACACACCUCAUUACUCCCAUAAUCUUGUCUCACUUUAGAGUUAGAGCAAUAUUAAGUAAUUUAAUUUACUAAUAAAUCACAUCGGGAUCUAUUUUCUAUUUACCUUAAACCCACCUAGGAGACACACCUCAUUACUCCCAUAAUCUUGUCUCACUUUAGAGUUAGAGCAAUAUUAAGUAAUUUAAUUUACUAAUAAAUCACAUCGGGAUCUGUAAAAAUGUAAAAUUAAAAUACACACUAUCAAAAAGAGAACAUUAAUUGGAAUGUUUAAAAAAAACAUGAUUACCAAAAAACAAAUUGCCAUUUUGAAGGAAAGAAAUAGAAAGAAUUUAGUGGUAGGCAAGUAUAAAAUUUACUGUUAUUGGAAUAUCACAGUAGACAAAAGAUGCUCUUAAUUUUUAUGGCUCACGCUGUCCCUUAAAAGUUGACACCCGUGGAUCUUCCAAAUGCCUCUCAUCUCUUUUGUCAUUUUUAUUUGUGAGGUCGGUCUUAAUAAAACAUGCAAACAUAAAUUUAAACGAAUCAAACUUACUGAAAUCACAUGGAAAUCAGUAUGGAGAAAUCACCAAUUGUGAAAAAAUCCAACUCAUAUUUAGGAUGAUGAUGAAUGCCAUCGAUGUCAUGUGUCUUAAGGAUUUUCACCAAAUGGAUUUUCCUACUUAGCUAUGUAUGAUUCUCCCAACCCCCUCUUGCGAUCUGACAAACAGGCCCCCUCUGCAACGUUUAAAAAAUAUUUGUGAUAUUGUAUUGAUAUCCGCUUCUCUGGUAUCAAAUUUGAAGUUCUAGGAUGAUUGAAAUUUCGUUUUUUUCAUUUUUUUUUCAAGGAUGCUAGAGGGAUUUUCCAAAGAAUUUUCUAUUUUUCAAGGAAUCUUGACAGUAUUACCCUUAAUUUUUUCAAGUUUCUAGAUUGACUUGGAGUGAUCCAUUAAUUCUGGUCUUUUUUUUGCCAUUGAUUGCAACAUAUAUAUAUCGCCACACUUCCUUUAUAAGUAUAGAUUGAUGAGCUCUGAAAAUUAUUGAGUUUAAAAAAAAAAAUCUUUAAUUAAUUUUAUUUUGCUGUUAAUUUGAUGAUUAUGGAAUUAUUGUGCAAUAUUUUAUGCCUAAUUUUGCUUUAUUUGAAUUUUUACUUGCCAUUUUUUUGUCAUGUUCAACAAGACUUUUUAGUCUACUACUUCUUUUAGAAAUAAGCAAAAACUGAAGUCUAUAGGUCUUCCUGAAUGCCUGUUUAGCAUUAAGCAAUUUAAUAAUCAGAUUUCACAUAUAAAUAUAUUUUUUUACAAAAGGUCUUGUCCUAUUCAGUAAUAUAUUGAUUUUGUAAUUACAAAUAGUGUCCAUCUUUUGUAAUAAUGUGGAGAAAAUAUAUUAAUUUGUAAAUAAAUUUGUUUAAAGAUAGUUACUUUUGCUUCACAUUUAUUUCACAGUCACUUGGUUAUAUGCAAGCUAACUAUAUGUAUUCAACAAAUAGGGUCUAACUCUAACUAAAAAAGUUUACAACGGUUUCAAAAUCCUCUUAAAAAUGUUCCAGUUUGCACUUUG